UGCAGCCGCGGAGCCGGACGUGUCCGCGAAGAUGGCGGGCCAGAGCAUGCAAGCUGCAAGAUGUCCUACGGAUGAAUUAUCUUUAACCAACUAUGCAGUUGUGAAUGAAAUGGACUUCCAGUCUGGCCAGCACAUGGUUGUGAGGACCUCCCCGAAUCACAGGUACACGUUUACACUGAGGACCCACCCGUCUGUGGUGCCCGGGAGCAUUGCCUUCAGCUUACCCCAGCGAAAAUGGGCUGGACUUUCUAUUGGCCAAGAAAUAGAAGUCUCCCUGUAUACGUUUGACAAAGCCAAGCAACGUAUUGGCACAAUGACCAUCGAGAUCGAUUUCCUGCAGAAAAAGAACAUUGACUCCAACCCUUACGACACGGACAAGAUGGCAGCUGAAUUCAUUCAGCAGUUCAACAACCAGGCCUUCUCAGUGGGACAACAGCUUGUGUUUAGCUUUAAUGAAAAGCUUUUUGGUUUGCUGGUGAAGGAUAUUGAAGCCAUCCUGAAGGGAGAGCCUGCAACAGGGAAAAGACAGAAGAUCGAAGUGGGACUGGUUGUUGGAAACAGCCAAGUUGCAUUUGAAAAAGCAGAAAAUUCAUCACUUAAUCUUAUUGGCAAGGCUAAAACCAAGGAAAAUCGCCAUUCCAUCAUCAAUCCUGACUGGAACUUUGAAAAAAUGGGAAUCAGAGGUUUGGACAAGGAAUUUUCAGAUAUCUUUUGACGAGCAUUUGCUUCUCGAGUAUUUCCCCCAGAGAUUGUGGAGCAGAUGGGUUGUAAGCAUGUUAAAGGCAUCCUGUUAUAUGGACCCCCAGGUUGUGGUAAGACCCUCUUGGCUCGACAGAUUGGCAAGAUGUUGAGCAGAGAGCCCAAAGUAGUCAACGGGCCAGAAAUUCUUAACAAGUAUGUGGGAGAGUCAGAGGCAAAUAUUCGUAAACUCUUUGCCAAUGCUGAAGAGGAGCAAAGGGGGCUUGGUGCUAACAGUGGUUUGCACAUCAUCAUAUUUGAUGAAAUCGAUGCCAUUUGCAAGCAGAGAGGAAGCAUGGCUGGUAGUACAGGAGUUCAUGACACCGUUGUCAACCAGUUACUGUCCAAAAUUGAUGGGGCAGAGCAGCUGAACAACAUCCUCAUCAUCGGAAUGACCGACAGACCAGAUCUGAUAGAUGAGGCUCUCCUUCGACCUGGAAGACUGGAGGUUAAGAUGGAGAUUGGCUUGCCAGACAAGAAAGGUCAGCUACAGAUCCUGCACAUCCACACAGCGAGGAUGUGAGGGCAUCAGUUACUGUCUGCUGAUGUAGACAUCAAAGAACUGGCCGUGGAGACCAAGAACUUCAGCAGUGCUGAACUGGAGGGCCUGGUGCGCACAGCACAGUCCACUGCUAUGAACAGACAUAUAAAGGCCAGUACUAAAGUAGAAGUGGACAUGGGGAAAGCAGAGAGCCUGCAGGUGACAAGAGGAGACUUCCUUGCUUCUUUGGAGAAUGAUAUUAAACCAGCAUUUGGCACAAAUCAAGAGGAUUAUGCCAGUUACAUUAUGAAUGGAAUCAUCAAGUGGGGUGACCCAGUCACUCGUGUCCUGGAUGACAGGGAGCUGCUGGUACAACAGACUAAAAACAGUGACUGCACACCCUUGGUCAGCGUCCUCCUGGAAGGCUCUCCUCAUAGUGGGAAGACUGCGUUAGCUGCAAAGAUUGCAGAGGAAUCCAACUUCCCCUUCAUCAAGAUCUGUUCUCCCGAUAAGAUGAUUGGCUUUUCUGAGACAGCCAAGUGUCAGGCUAUGAAGAAGAUCUUUGAUGAUGCGUAUAAAUCCCAGCUCAGUUGUGUGGUUGUGGAUGACAUUGAGAGAUUGCUAGAUUAUGUCCCUAUUGGCCCUCGGUUUUCUAAUCUGGUCUUACAGGCUCUCCUUGUGUUACUGAAAAAGGCACCUCCUCAGGGCCGCAAGCUUCUCAUCAUUGGGACCACCAGCUGCAAAGACGUCCUUCAGGAAAUGGAAAUUAACGCCUUCAGCACCACUAUCCACGUGCCCAACAUUGCCACGGGAGAGCAGCUGCUGGAAGCUCUGGAGCUUUGGGGCAACUUCAAGGAUAAGGAACGCACCACAAUUGCACAGCAAGUCAAAGGGAAGAAGGUCUGGAUAGGAAUCAAGAAGUUGCUGAUGUUGAUCGAGAUGUCCCUGCAAAUGGAUCCUGAAUACCCGGUGAGGAAAUUCUUGGCCCUCUUACGAGAAGAAGCAGCUAGCCCCCUGGACUUGGACUGAAGACGACCGCUUGCAGGACACAGUGACCAAGGGGAGUGACCGCGCUGAAGACGGCCGGGGGUCUUCCGCCACCUCCAGAUGCUGGACUCAGUGACCGCUUCUCCACCCU